CAUGGGUACACCUUGGCGUGGUGGGAGGGCUCAGUACCCCGAGGAUCUGAGAUCUGACGGGGAAGCUAACGUACCCGUCGCCGUCACCACCGAAUUUAAUUGAAUAAAUGAACCACACUGGUUUCAUCGCGUCGCGUCUCGUUCGGAAGUGACAUCAAAUAAUUAGACUAAAAGACUUUCUUUGCAGUACCGACAGUGUAAAAGACUAUCUAAUUGAUAAUUAGUCCGCGCGCGUUCGUAAUUACCUGUGAGUGUUUUUCGCGAGUGUUGUGUAACUUGAGGAAGAGGCUUGAGCAACCCGAGAAAAGGAAGAGGCCUCAGGCAUCAGCGGAACAACCUUGGAAAUCAAUGUAGUCAACGUAACCGACAAUUCCGCUGUUGCGCAUCGAUUGUAAUAAGCGCGCGCAUGCGAGUGUUAUGCGAGAAGCAGUGCUGCGAAGAAUUCCGAGAGAAGAAGCAGCAGAGGUUUGGGCAACGCAACCGGGAAGAGAUGGGGAUAAUGAUGAAAAAGAUGACAAGGUUAAAGAAAAAAAACAAGGCCGACCAAAGAUCUGCAAAAGACUUCUGCCGGAACCUGUUGCUGGCAUAUACAGAAAUGGAGCAAAGGGUAAAGACAUCCAGAAAGCAGAGACAACAACAAAUACAUACCAUAAAGCCCGAUUGAAAGCAGAUGCAUUGAAACUUUUCAGUGGCGAUACUCAUGAAUCCAAAUGUAUAGUAGAGGUUCCAAUACGCGAUAAAACUACUGAACAAUCGUCAAAUAAGGAUUGUAUGAAGAACGGCUUGGAAUGGACACCGUGUACCUUAGAGGAAAGCCCUAUUUUGGGAACAAGGCAAAAUCGAAAUCAUGAGCCAUAUCUUGUUAAAAAGAAAGGUGAGGAAAACGUCUUUGAAGUCACUGAUGUCAACAAAGUUAAAAAACAAAAUGUCAACAACGAAACAAAAUGUAUUCAAAAAGAAAACGUAUGUAAACGAAGAUUAUUCCAAAAUAAUGAAGAACAAGUAGAUAUUAUUACUACUCCAACGCAAACAUUUAAUAAUACUGACCUUACAAAAGAAAAUAAAUUUAAUGAAAAAGACGCGAAGCAGACGUGUUCAAAAAGCAGCAAAGAUUUAUUUUGUGAUCCGUUAAGUCGCUAUAUGGAAUUCUGCAGAAUAAUCUCUGCCAAAAAUUUUGAAGUGGAUAUUCUUCCAAAUCAUCCUGAUCCUGUUGCAACAACAAUGAAAAAAUUAAAGAAUAUCUAUGCUGAUUCUUAUCGUCAACAACUUUUGCGCAAAAGGAAACGAGAAUUGGAAAAUAUACAAUCUGCGUACUCUGUGGAGCAUCAAGCUUGUACAUCUUCCGAUAUCUCGCAAUUGUCACCUGUAGAAUUUGAAGUUUCCAAGUGCAGCGAAAAUCAUAUCGCAGCUCGUCUUCAAGGUGUACCUCAGAAAGAUAACAAAUUGACACAAAAAGCCGAAUUUAAAAAGAAUAAUGAUAUAAGGCGUUAUAGUUCUACAUCUUGUUCAUCGCGAAAUACUCGUGCAGUAUACAACGCAAAUUGCUCCAUUAUGGAAAAUUGCGAAAAUAGCGAGACUCAAUGUCAAAUUCAAUCCAAAGAUAACCAUCAACUUCCAAAAUCGAAGUGUUUUCAUUCUACGAACAAAAAGAAUUUUAUGCAAUUAGAGUCUCAGGAAAAUAUUAAUUACGUUAAUAAUCUUUUAAAAAGUAAACGACAUGAUAAAGAUAAUUUUUCAAUUGACAUUCCUGGAAAUGAACAACACUUUAAUAAUUCGAAAAACUUUAUAUUUUCAAAUAAUGAUGUGUUAUCAGAGAAAUAUUUGAAAGAUUAUUCCCGUGAAAGAUUGUCUAUUGCUGUUUCCGAUGACGGUAUAUUAAAGAAUGCAUCUCAAAAAUAUAAUAACAAAACGACAAAUAAGUGGAAUAUAAAGAAUAUUAAACGAGCACCUACCAUUCUACGUCGAUAUAACAACGUUAUCAUUAAUAAACCUGGUGAUUCUGUACAGAUAAAUUACGAUUAUGCGAAAGGCUUACAUGAAAAAUCUAACUUACUUAAUAGAAAUUCAAGCAACAGUAUGGAAAAAGAAUUGUAUGAAACUUCGUUCCCAACUGAUGUAUUGACAAAUCUUCCCACAUCUAAUACAAUGAACGCAACACUUCAACAAACAAAAAUAUUAGAGCCUCAAAUUGAUUCAAUGAAAAUAAAGGAUUCGCAAGACUCUCAAGUCGAACAGUAUCAUAUAAAUAUGCGUUCCAAGGAACAUAGAAGAAACGGAUUUUGCCGAUGUGAUGACUCUUUAUAUCCGCGAACUGUUGAAGCUUCAUAUGAUACAAGUACAAGUGCCGAAAAAUUGCCUCAACAAGAACAAAUUUCACUUGGCAUGAGGAAACAUACUUUUCAUUCGGACAAUUAUCAUCCGAGUAAUUAUCUUCAAGGCGUAAACUUUUCUAAUUCCAAUGUAGAACCGACAAAACAGUUUCUUCAUCAAACUAAAUUACACGCGUGUGAAAUAAAAAAGCAAGAAUUUUUGAGAAAAAAUACACGUGACCGGAAUCAAAAUAUUCUUCUCAAUAACGAUAGAACGGUGCCCACAACAAUAUUCACCGAAGUCAACUUCUGCCAAGAUAAUCAAACCGAAAAAAGAUUUACAGAGUCAUUCCGGGAAAAUCCACGUCUAUAUGACAAAACAGACGUAGAGUGCGCCAAAAAUCAAAUUAAUCAAAAUGCGUAUCAUUGCAACGAACAGUAUAUUUAUUAUGAUCCUGCCAAUUGUCCACGUAAAUAUAAGGAACAAGCGCAUUAUUUUCAUAAAGAAAUUGCUCAGCCUGAAAAUUUAUGCGACACGAGAGCAAACUACAAUAACAGCACAGAUAAUUUUGUUAAUUUAUCUAGCACUACGCGAAAUGUACCGUUGGUAUUAUCAUUGAAACAAAAGAAUAAUUUACAUACGUAUUCAAAUGCGAUCGAUGAACAGCAUCGCGCAGUAUUAGUGCAAAAUGUCACUCAACCUGUAAAAUACUUGGCUGUAGAAAACGAUUCGAAUAUUCAAAGAAUUCCCGUGUAUAUAAAUGAUGACAAAAGUGUUAAAAUUGUGGAAAAUGUUCCAUUAAAAGUAAUAGCUUUAAUGAAUUCAAAUACUCAAACAAAUGCAUUUCCGCAAGAAUCUGCGAGGCAGGUAGUGCCAUUGCAAACGGAUGGUUUGCACCUUAACGAUUUUACGACACGUAAGAUAAGCGAUCAAUCUUUCGUGAAACGUUUAAAUCCUGUGGAAGCGAUACUGCUUAAUCCUGAUUCACAAUCUAAUAUUUGGUACGCUUCAAAUUUGUAACGGAUUAUAUACGAUUACAGGUACACCACAGUACAUACAUAUCGUAGCGACACAGCACAUCGAUCAUAUUUCUUGCGAAAUAUUAUAAUUGCGAGAUGCGUGUACGCGUUUCCAUUCCCGUACAUAUAAACAUUUGUUAUUGAGAUAAAAGUUAUAAGUCUGCCACGAAAGGCAAAGUUAUGUCUACUUAUUCUACAGUCUAUUUGUUUUGUGGAAAGAUAGGAACCUCAUGGAAAGAGGCAAUAUAUUUUCAUAAAUAUUUUGUUGAUAAUUAUAAUUGAUACUCAUAUAUACAUAUACAUAUAUAUACAUAUAUAUAUGAACGUUUUUCCUUAUUUAUCUUUCUACAAAUUUGAAAGUCGAUAAAUUUCUAGCACCAAGUAUUUUUUCUUAACGAAUAGUGAAUAUUUGAUUUGGUAUGGAAAAUGAAAAUACAAAACUACCUGUGAUAGUUGGAACAUAUAUGUAUUAUUAUGUUACCGUUAAGUCAUAAUUCUUGGACAUCAAAUGUUUAACAUAGGAGAAAUUCAUUUUCGUCAAUCUCACAGCAAUAUCGAUACAUAUAUUAGUGAAUUUCUGAAUAAGUGUGAUAAAGGCUUGUAAAUAAAUGUCGCAGAACGCAAAGUG